AUGUCCCCGCACUACGGGCGGGCAUACACAGCAACGCUAGCAGUUAUUGAGAAGAGUAGCAGUUGUGUUGACCGACUACGCAAUGCCAUGCGCAAACUCCAGGUAACACCCAUACGAGCGUCACCGGCCAAUACUUUUAUCCCUCUCUACCUCGAAACGUGCAAGUUCGUCGUAGUCUGGCGAAACGCUGUUCUCCGGCCGCUCCAAACUCCGUAUUGUGGACCUUACAAAGCUGUUCGGCGAUCUGACAAGGAGUUUAUCAUGGACCGCAACGGCAAGUCUGACACCGUUAGUAGUGACCGUGUCAAAACGGCUUACGUUGAAGACACGGAACCAACCUCAACAGCACACAGUCUCUAG